AGGUUGGGUCAUUGCUGCCGGGUCGCUGGAGUUCGUUCAACUUCAACCCAAGUUCAAUGGGGAUAUUUUUGUGAUUGCGAAAACAAGUAUCUAUAUAGCGUUUCUAUUAUUCGGCUUGUUUUCUAGGGCAAUAGCGUUGCGGCCCGUUUCCAUCGUUGUUGCAGAGAGCUCACAAAGCCCGAAUUCGUGAUCUUUUCUGGGACCAAACUCCAUAUCGAUGGGGAAGAGAAAGGAGCGCCGCCUCGCAGCUCUAAGCGCGGCUGGUCGAAGAGUAAAGCUCGAUCUUUUUGCGGAACCCUCUGGGGAUUUGGGUGGCUCCUCUGCACAUGAUCAAGUUGGAGGGGAUCUAGAUCAGAGUUAUCGUGAUGGAGUCCCCAAUUCACCAUCUACUUCAGGUCAAUGCCAGGAGAAUCCUUUGCUGUUACUUGGACAAUACAGUGAUGAUGAAUUGGAGGAUGAAUCAAAUGAGAAGGAUACAAAUGAUGUUACUGAGAAUUCAUUGAUUGAAGACAAUGGACAGGUAAAGGAGGCUGCUGAUACCGAAUCUGGAGUUUUAGAAAACAAUACUGGCAAAGAUGUUGCAGCUCAGUUGGUCAUGGUUGAGGAUGUGGAGAAGGAUGCUACUCAUUCAAAUGCUGCUUCCAAUCUGAAUGAUGCUGAAAUCAGAGGAAGUGAUGCUACUGCUUCAGGAGAACCUCACAACCAAGCAGAUGCAGCUGCACAAGUCUCUGAUCCAGGGUCUUCCGGGGUACAAAUCAUUGGAGAAGUGGUUUCUGGGUGGAAAAUAGUGAUGCAUGAAGAGAGUGGUCGGUAUUAUUAUUGGAAUACUGAGACCGGGGAAACUUCAUGGGAACCCCCUGGUGUGUUGGCUCAGGGAUCUGAAAUAACCACUGAACUGAACACACCUCAUAUUACUGAAGAAAAGGAGAAUCCUUCCCGAGAUACACAUGCAUCAAGUCCAAUUUUUCAUUUGAAUGUGUCUGCUAUUAAUGAACCUGAAGGCUCCAUAUUAGCUCCUGAAACCCAGGAAAACUGUGAAAAUGGCUUUCAUGAGAAGAAAUGGAAUGGACACAGAGUUGAAAGUCAAGAUGUUCUAAAUUUAAGUUUCAACACAGAGCAAAUUGAAUCUACAGAGAGUUCUGUCACACUAAAUGUAUUGCAUCAGCAAGCUUUGUCAUUAGGUGAUUAUGUUUCUGUGCAGCAGUCAAAUAGUGCUCUUUCUAGCACAAUUGGUCCAGCUACAACAGCUCAUGAUGAUAAGGAUGAAAAACCAACAGUAGUCAGUGAGCAACACGAGUCAGCAGUGGCUCUUUCUUCUUCUCUUGUAAAAUAUGGUGAAAGCUUGUUAAAACGGUUGACGUCACUUGAAGGAUACAACAAUCAUGACCAAAGAUAUGACUGGAUAUCAAAGUACACCAUGGAAGUUGAGAUCCGACUUGCUGAUAUUAAGUCACUUUUGGCUUAUGGUUCCCCUCUUCUUCCAUUUUGGGUGCAUUGCGAAGCACAGUUUAAACAACUUGAUUGUGCCAUUAAUGAUCAAGUUUUGCAAUUUGAUAAAUCUGAGCAGCUAAACAAAGUUGAGCAUCAUCCUGUUUCAUCCUUCAGAGGGGAUGGUAUCUCCUUGCAAAGCAUGGGAAGAGAAUCUGAAGUGGGUGAGAAGGAUCAAGUACUGACUUCUGCUAAUGAAACACAAUACAUUUCUCCAGAUGUUGAUAAAGUAAAUCUGGGUCACAGAGAAGCUCAUGGUAGGCAUACAAGUGUUGACAAUACAAACACUAACCAUGCAUUGUCUUCUGGACUUCCAACUGAACUGAGCAAGGAAGUGGAAGAAAAACUGCAAAAACUCAAUGAGACAGCACUCCCAGAUGCAUUUAUCUCUAAAAAUGCAACCCGGAUCGGGGAAGAUAUAGACAUGGAUGUGGAAAUGGAAGUUGAUGAAGCUCCUGCAAAUAGCAUGACUGGAGAUUCAUUAGUUACCAAAGUCUUUCCUCCAUUGGAGCAACAAAACCAGACAACUCCACCUUCUGUGGAGUGUCCAACUAUAGAGCCUGGGAAUGAAAUUGCUGCCCCACCACCUCCAGAUGAGGAGUGGAUUCCUCCACCACCACCUGAUGCUGAACCACUGCCUCCUCCCCCACCUGAUGAACCACUCCCCUCAUAUCCUCCACCCCCACCAUAUUCUGAGACAGUUCCGUCUCUUUGUUAUGCAGAGCAAUACAAUUUGGGUUAUUCAGUUUCUAAUUUUAACUACUAUGGUGCCACAAUGACAGAAGUGCCAAUGGCUAAUUAUUAUGCUCAUGGGGAAACACAUCAGCUUGCUGAGCCCCAGCCAGUACAGUAUUAUGAUACGGUACAGAACACCUAUCCUGAAGCUGCUCCUGCAAUGGUCAAUCCUGUGCCUACUGAACCUGUAGUGUACUAUGACCUUCCUAAUGGACCAAUGCCUCCUGUAACUGUGAUUACUAGCUCAGAAUCUGGUUUCUACAAUGAAUCUGGACCUGUAGUUAGUAGCAUGGAGUCAUCAGGUUUAUAUUGUGAAUCUGGUUCUGUAAGCUAUCAUGAUACUGCUGCUUCUGUUCAGAUGGGAUCUGUUGAGACUCUUGCGGAGUCUGGAUCCAGUUCAUUACCAAGUUCAAAGGUUGAACCUGAUUUUUCUACCAACUCGGUGAGUGCACAAGUUCUACCUAAGCAACCCGCAGUAGAAUCAAUGACCACUGUAGUAUGUGAGAGUGCUCCUGCCACAGCAGCAAGUACUGCUGCUCCAGCUGCUUCUAAGGCUCAAUCUAAAGCUUUACGUGGGAAGAAACGAACAAUUGCUGUUGCACCUACUUUGAGAUCUAAUAAGAAGGUCUCUAGCCUGGUGGACAAGUGGAAGGCUGUGAAAGAGGAGUUGCAUGAAGAUGGGGAAGAUGAACCAGAAUAUGCUUAUGAGAUAUUAGAAAAGAAGCGGCAAAAAGAAAUAGUGCAAUGGCGUGCACAACAGAUUGCCAGUGGAGAGGCUAAAGAUAAUGCUAAUUUUCAACCUCUGGGAGGAGACUGGCGGGAACGGGUGAAGCGUAAAAGAGCCCAAUUAACCAAUGAUAGUGUGCAGGCUCAAUCAGAGAUACCUGCCAAUGAAAAACAGCAGCCUGAUUUAGUUGAACUCUCAAAAGAUCUCCCAUCUGGAUGGCAGGCGUAUUGGGAUGAUUCCUCAAAAGAGGUUUACUAUGGGAAUGUGCUUACCUCGGAGACAACUUGGACCAGACCUACGUAAUACAUUUCACUAUUUUUUCAUAUCAGAAAUUCCCUGUUAAGGCUGUUAAAAUGAAAUUUCUUAUUUCCAAUUCAGGGAUGUAUAUUUUGGAUUUGCCGUUUUCUGGCAUAUAAAAAGCUCGCUGCAGUUUUGCUUUUGUUUUG